GAUGCAAACUGAGAUGGUUUGUAAGAGCCUGUUUUUGAAAAGCUUUGACUGCUUUGGUUGCGAAGAAGAGGAACUCAUAAAAUGCUGUACAGUGCGUGGAGAACUCAAUGUUCCUCAUCCAGCACAUGGGCGAGGAGGCUGCUGGAUGGGGACUGUCAAUGGCUCAUGCAGAAUGUGAAGCACAGGAGUUUCGUAGCAUCUGAAAGAGUUUUCUGCCUAGGUUGAGAUAACACCCUCAGAGCUGCUGCUGGAUGCCUGUCUUGAACUCUGGAGGUGUUUUGUGAGCUCAGGGGCAUUCCAGAAGGGAGAAGUGGUGGGAUUUACUGCCUAAAUUUUAGUCCAGAGAUCGCUUCCAGUAGUGUAAAGGUACUUUGUGUUGGAGACCAGAAUCUUCAGCUUCACCUCUCCAAAAUUAGCCUCCUAACAUCAAGUAGGGAAAUCCAGUUCUUUCUUGCCUGCUCUUUUUCCAGCUCCUUGCUUGCACUGUUGUCUCAGUCCAUGAUGGAGUUUGAUGUUUGAGCUAUGCUUUGCAAAUUAGCAUUUCUUAAGGACAUGUGCUGGGAAAGCCGUUGUUUGAUUCCCACGUGAUCCCUAGGCACAAGGUUGCCAGAUGGAUGCCAGAGACAAGCAGCUUUUACGCUCCCUGCGCAUUGAGCUCUGCACAGAGGUGCUGGUGGAUGGACUUGUUAUUCAGUAUCUCUACCAAGAAGGGAUUCUUACAGACAGUCACGUUCAAGAAAUAAAAGCCCAAACCACCAGUCAGAGGAAAACCAUGAUGCUCCUUGAUAUUCUUCCCACCAGAGGACCCAAAGCUUUUGAAGUGUUCUUGGAUUCCUUACAGGAGUUCCCAUGGGUUAAAGACAAGCUGAUGAUAAAGCGUAAGGAAAUGACAGUACAAGAUCCUUCAGAUUUAACUGUAAUUGCACCAGGCCUUUUGAAGACUUUACCAACAGAUCAGCAGCUGAACAAGCUUGCGAGGAGGCUGGGACCCGAAUGGGAGCAUGUGGUUCUGUGCUUGGGUUUGUCCCAUACUGACAUCUAUCGAUGUAAAGUCAAUCACCCUCUCAACCUGCAGUCACAGAUCGUAGCUGCAUUUGUCCUGUGGAGGCAGCGUUUGGGGAAAAAAGCAACGAUUCAAAGUCUGCAAGACAGUCUGAUAGCAGCAGAAGUGGAUCCUUCUGUGAUACAGUACAUGCUUGAGGGAAGCCAUGCUAUUGAUUGAGAGCUUCCACGUACUUUGUUAAAUUAAAUAUAGAGAAUGGAAAUGUGUGUUGAAAAUUGGAUGCCUCAAACUGGAAAAAAAAUGGUGUUGGGGAGCUGUGAUUUUAUUAAGCUUAAACAUUCCAGUUUUCUCUGGCGCCUUGUGACUUGUAAUUCUUUUCAUGCCAGAUUAAUUUUUAGCAGGCAUUAAAAAAUGGAUCACUG